UUACGCCUAGCCGGAAGCCAGCGAUUUUCAACCCUUGCCGCCAGCAGUAAUAGAUGCCCCGGUCACUCAGCUGGGUGAAGCGGAUGUGGAGAUGGUUGCCGUGGUCGAUGAAAACCCUCAUGGAUCUGUUCACACCUUUUAGCCCCUCGAUCUGUUAGAACGAACACCUUAGAGGAUCGCCCAGCCAACAGCGGUUGUUGCCUAGCAACGGCGCCACUAGCCCGCCCACGUGACCAGCCCGAAGGCCCUCCCUUCGGGCUGUCCCAAGGCGCCUGAUCAGAUCCGAGACUCCUCCGACCGUGCGUUUUUCUGAAACAGUUCACGCUUCGUUUUGAGGAUCAACAAAUUGGCUUUUCCAGUUUCUGUCUCCAAGCCAAAAUUCCUCGAAGCUGCUCCUCAGGCAGAGGGCUGUCCUGCGAGGCGAGGCGAUCCGGCGACGCGCUCGGGGUCCUUCCUGGCGACGGGCGCCGGCGUUGUCGCGGCGUGCGGCGGAAGCGCGGGCUCAGGCGGCGGACUAGUGGCCCUCGGCUGAUCAGGCGGCGGCAUCAUGGAUACUGACUUGUAUGAUGAAUUUGGGAAUUAUAUCGGACCAGAGCUUGAUUCUGAUGAAGAUGACGAUGAACUGGGAAGAGAGACAAAAGAUCUUGAUGAGAUGGAUGAGGAUGAGGACGAGGAUGAUGUGGGCGAGCACGAUGAUGACCACCCUGGGAUGGAGGUGGUGCUACAUGAGGACAAGAAGUACUACCCUACAGCCGAGGAGGUGUAUGGCCCUGAGGUGGAGACCAUAGUCCAGGAGGAGGACACCCAGCCCCUCACAGAGCCUAUUAUAAAGCCAGUGAAAACCAAGAAAUUCACUCUGAUGGAGCAGACAUUACCUGUCACGGUGUAUGAGAUGGAUUUCUUAGCAGAUCUGAUGGACAACUCUGAGCUCAUCCGAAAUGUGACCUUGUGUGGCCAUCUCCACCAUGGCAAGACCUGUUUUGUAGAUUGUUUAAUAGAACAGACGCAUCCGGAAAUCAGAAAGCGCUAUGAUCAAGAUCUAUGCUAUACUGACAUCCUCUUCACAGAACAAGAGAGAGGCGUCGGCAUCAAGAGUACUCCUGUGACGGUGGUGCUGCCGGACACCAAAGGGAAGUCUUACCUCUUCAACAUCAUGGACACACCAGGUCAUGUGAAUUUUUCUGAUGAGGUCACAGCUGGCUUGCGCAUCUCAGAUGGAGUGGUCCUUUUCAUUGACGCUGCUGAGGGGGUGAUGCUGAACACGGAGCGGCUGAUCAAACACGCAGUGCAGGAAAGGCUGGCAGUCACCGUGUGUAUCAACAAAAUCGACCGGCUGAUCUUGGAGCUGAAGCUGCCUCCCACAGAUGCUUAUUACAAGCUACGGCACAUUGUGGAUGAGGUCAAUGGCUUAAUAAGCAUGUAUUCCACCGACGAGAACCUGAUCCUUUCCCCGCUCCUGGGCAACGUCUGCUUCUCCAGUUCCCAGUACAGCAUCUGCUUCACACUGGGCUCCUUUGCCAAGAUCUAUGCUGACACCUUUGGUGACAUUAAUUACCAGGAAUUUGCUAAAAGACUCUGGGGUGACAUCUACUUCAAUCCUAAGACGAGAAAGUUCACAAAAAAGGCUCCAAGCAGCAGCUCCCAGAGGAGCUUCGUGGAGUUCAUCUUGGAGCCUCUCUAUAAGAUCCUGGCACAGGUGGUGGGUGAUGUGGACACCAGCCUGCCAAGGACACUGGACGAGCUCGGCAUCCACCUGACCAAGGAAGAACUGAAGCUAAACAUCCGCCCCCUGCUCAGGCUGGUCUGCAAAAAGUUCUUCGGCGAGUUCACCGGCUUUGUGGACAUGUGUGUGCAGCACAUUCCAUCUCCAAAGGUGGGCGCCAAACCCAAGAUCGAGCAUACCUACACUGGCGGCGUGGACUCUGACCUUGGCGAGGCCAUGAGUGACUGUGACCCGGAUGGUCCCCUGAUGUGCCAUACUACUAAGAUGUACAGCACAGAUGAUGGAGUUCAGUUUCACGCCUUUGGCCGGGUCCUGAGUGGCACCAUCCAUGCUGGGCAGCCUGUAAAGGUGCUGGGGGAGAACUACACUCUGGAAGACGAAGAAGAUUCCCAGAUAUGCACUGUGGGCCGCCUUUGGAUCUCCGUCGCCAGGUACCACAUUGAGGUGAAUCGUGUUCCUGCUGGCAACUGGGUUCUGAUAGAAGGUGUUGAUCAGCCAAUUGUGAAGACAGCAACCAUAACUGAACCCCGAGGCAAUGAGGAGGCUCAGAUUUUCCGACCCUUGAAAUUCAAUACCACAUCUGUUAUCAAGAUUGCUGUGGAGCCAGUCAACCCCUCAGAGCUGCCCAAAAUGCUUGAUGGCCUGCGCAAGGUCAACAAGAGCUACCCGUCUCUUACCACCAAGGUGGAAGAGUCUGGUGAGCACGUGAUCCUGGGCACUGGGGAGCUCUACCUGGACUGCGUGAUGCACGACCUUCGGAAGAUGUACUCCGAGAUCGACAUCAAGGUGGCUGACCCAGUUGUGACGUUUUGUGAGACCGUGGUAGAGACAUCCUCCCUCAAAUGCUUUGCUGAAACACCCAAUAAGAAGAACAAGAUCACCAUGAUUGCUGAGCCUCUUGAGAAGGGCCUCGCUGAGGACAUAGAGAACGAGGUGGUCCAGAUCACCUGGAACAGAAAGAAGCUGGGAGAGUUCUUCCAAACAAAGUACGACUGGGAUCUGCUGGCCGCCCGUUCUAUCUGGGCCUUUGGUCCUGAUGCUACAGGCCCCAACAUCCUAGUGGACGACACGUUGCCCUCAGAGGUAGACAAGGCCCUUCUGGGCUCAGUGAAGGACAGCAUUGUUCAAGGUUUCCAGUGGGGGACCAGGGAAGGACCCCUCUGCGAUGAAUUGAUUCGGAAUGUCAAGUUUAAGAUUCUGGAUGCUGUGGUUGCCCAGGAACCCCUGCACCGGGGCGGAGGUCAGAUCAUCCCCACAGCCAGGAGGGUAGUGUACUCUGCCUUCCUCAUGGCCACUCCCCGCCUGAUGGAGCCCUACUACUUUGUAGAGGUCCAGGCUCCUGCAGAUUGUGUGUCUGCUGUUUACACAGUCCUGGCCAGGCGCAGGGGUCAUGUGACUCAGGAUGCACCCAUUCCAGGCUCCCCUCUCUACACCAUCAAAGCGUUCAUCCCAGCCAUUGACUCAUUCGGCUUUGAGACUGAUCUCCGCACUCAUACCCAGGGACAGGCCUUCUCUCUGUCUGUCUUCCACCAUUGGCAGAUUGUCCCCGGUGAUCCGCUGGACAAGAGCAUUGUUAUCCGUCCCUUGGAGCCACAGCCAGCUCCUCACCUGGCUCGGGAGUUCAUGAUCAAAACCCGCCGUAGGAAGGGCCUGAGUGAAGAUGUGAGCAUCAGCAAGUUCUUCGAUGACCCUAUGCUGCUGGAGCUCGCCAAGCAGGAUGUCGUGCUCAAUUAUCCCAUGUGAGCACGCAGCUCUAGACUCAAGCUGGACCUGUGUGACUGGGCCUUCAUGCUCUGAGCAUCUGGGAACUGGUAUGGGGCCAUCUGAACAACCCGGAAACCUCCAUCCCAAUGAGGAAGGCCUCCUGGUUCCUUAUGUGGCCUCUGCCUGGCCCCAUUCCCAAGGAACAGAGAGGAGCUUGGGCCCAGAGAAGAACGAGAACAAGAUGAAAAUGUUUAACCCUAAGGGGCCUGUCUUCAAGAUUUUAUUUUUUGCAAGUUCAACCUUAGCCACAGUUUGUAAAUGAACAGAACAUUCUGA